AAUUUUAAAUUAAAUAAAAUUUUUUGAAAAUUAUUAUCACAAACUUUUGAAUGUUUUUUUAGAAUUUGUUUUAAUUUUUAAGUGAUAAGUUGAAUAAUAAGUUAUCAAAUGCGCUUCAAGGUAUCGACUAAACAACAAUAAUGGUGGAAGUUUCCGCAAAAAUGAAUUCAUUUUGUGAUGGCUGAAGUUUGGUGAUUGGUUUUUUAAUAAUUUAAAAUUUUUAUUGUCAAUUUCAAGUGAGAUAAAUUAAAAAAUAAAAAUGGGAAAGUAUACAGGAAAAAAAUGUCGUUUAUUAACGAUGUUAUGGCUGACAGCAUUUUUCUUCCUAGUGGAAAUAAUAGUUGGGUAUGUUACUAAUUCAAUGGCGUUAAUAGCCGAUAGUUUUCAUAUGUUAUCAGAUGUGGCAGCGUUAGUGGUUGCGUUUCUUUCUGUCAAGAUGUCGCCAAAAAAAUGGUCGAAAAACACAUUCGGUUGGGCGCGAGCAGAAGUACUUGGCGCGCUAGUUAACGCCGUAUUCUUAGUUGCCUUAUGCUUUAGUAUAACUGUUGAAGCCUGUAAGAGAUUUAUCGAGGUCGAGGAGAUCCAUGAAGCUAAACUCCUGGUGAUAGUCGGAGCUCUGGGGUUGUUUGUCAACCUCAUAGGAUUGUGUCUUUUCCAUGAACACGGAAACAUGCAUGGACACUCUCAUGGAAUUUCUAGAAGUCACAACCGACUGAGCACCCUCGUUGGCACCGAUGACAAUGACAAUGAUCAUGACAAUGACACGACGACGAGCACCGCGUAUCGUCCCGCUAGUCCGGUGAAAAAGGUCCACCAUGGACAUAGCCAUGAUGCCAGUCAGAUGAACAUGAGGGGCGUAUUUCUUCAUGUACUUUCAGAUGCACUUGGCUCGGUUAUUGUAAUUGUUUCUGCGUUGAUUGUUUGGCUGACUAAGUGGGAGUACAGAUUCUACAUCGAUCCAGCUCUAUCACUGCUAUUAGUUUUACUAAUUCUCCGAUCAGUGUGGCCGCUACUUCAAGAAUCAGCGUUGAUUCUCCUCCAAACAGUCCCGACACACAUUCAAGUAGAAGCUAUCCAGCAACGAUUACUGGAAAAUGUAGAUGGUGUUUUGGCAGUUCACGAGUUCCAUGUAUGGCAAUUGGCUGGUGAUCGAAUUAUUGCAUCAGCUCACAUCAGAUGUCGUAAUUUAUCUGAGUACAUGAAAAUCGCUGAACAGGUCAAAGAAUUCUUCCAUAAUGAGGGCAUACAUUCUACUACUAUCCAACCUGAGUUUAUUGAGUAUCACUCGAAUAGUGAAGUCAAAGAAACUCCUACUGAAGACUGCGUAUUAGAUUGUCCUAAAACUGACAAACCGUGCAAUCAAGCAACCUGUUGUGGUCCUUCUAAGCAGGGACGUGAAACACCAUCACCAGGUGAAACACCAUAUAUGUGCCGACAGCGGAACAGUUUAGCACGAUCAAACAUAGCAAUAAGCGGAAUAGGCAUUAACGCUUCAUCAAAUGGCGGUCAAGAGCAUCAAGAAGUUAACGAGAUGGAACGUGGUUACCUACUGUCUCAAUUCCGUCCAACUGCACCAGAUAAUCCGCAAGUUUGAAUCCGGCUGAUUCUAUCCCUGAUUUAUUAAUUAUUAAUUUAAUUAAUUAAUCAUUAAUUUAAUAGAACAAUUUAUAAUUAUUAUUUAUAAUUAAUCACUAUCUUAAGUUUUAUAGUGCCGGGUAUUCAAAUCAAACUGCUGCUGUAUUAUAAUAAUAAUGUCAAGUAUGGUAAUCCUUAGUGACUAUACUAUUAUUAUUAUUAUAGAUUUAUUAGAGUAAUUAAAUGGAUAAAAUUUUUUACUAUAAGUGCUCAUUUUUGAAUGAAUUUUUAAUAACCGUACAAAUUUAUCGGAUGUUGCAAUUCAUUUUGUGAAUUUUUUUUAUGUAAAUACAAGACUUAAUAAAUCAAUUUUAAAAGUU